UAUAUACUCGGGCUAUCAAUGCAGGGAUGACUUUACCCAUUCAUCCCUUUGUUAAGGAUUAUUGCCAUUACCAUGACAUCUCCCCUACUCAACUAGCGCCGAAUUUUUGGUACUGUUUUGCCGGCGCCUGGGUCUUGUAGAGUCAGUGGUUUGAUAUGGAUCUGUCGUUGGACGAGUUUAUGUACAUAUAUAAGUUAUGUCAUGUCGUCAAAUGCGAAGGGUAGUAUUUCUUGGGCGGAUACGGGCGAUCCAAACCCAAAUUGGGUAAAUUGAUACAGGGGAUACUCUUGUCGUCUCAUGGGUGGAAGCCCAUGUUUUUCAUGAUACGGGGGCCCUUUAACUUCCAUCCCAACGACCGCAUGCCCCACCGCCGGAAGGCGCAGACGUCGUUUGGGACCAUGACCAGCCGCGAUCGGCCAAAGCUUGCUGGGAGCAGACAGGCGAGGGUUGAGAAGGCUUUUUCGCUAUUGGAGAGCCCAAUCUCAGGGAAAUAGGGUUGAUUCUUACUCUCCCGGACCCCACAAAUCUGCCCGCCGUCCAGGAAUUUUUUCACCUGAACGCUGAAGGUGACAGCUAGAAGAAGCCCAUUGAGGAGAGGAAAAAGAAGGAAAAUGCUCUCUUCCAUUAUGCAAUGCCGCUUUUCCAGGUCGUCAUUGCUCGCCUCAUUGAUCAGAAGCUGAGAAAGAAAUGACAGAGACGUUCUUGAGUCCUCUCAUUAAAAAGUUGGUUGGCCUGCUGGCUGAAGAAAUAUAUUUGUUAAGAGGAGUCCGCAAAGAAGUCAAAAGUCUAAAAGAUGAAUUGGAGAUCAUCCAACCUUUCCUUAGAGAUGCAGAAGCGAAAUCAGAGAAGGGAGAAGUGAACAAUGCAGCGAAAGUAUGGUUGAAGCAAAUAAGAAAGCAAGCAUAUCACAUUAAAGAUGUGGUCGAUGAGUACCUUUAUCAUGUUGAACAACAUCGCCAUGAUGGUGGGUUUAUCGGCUCUUUACGCAAACGUGGUCACUACAUCAAAACUUUGAAACUGCGCUAUGACAUAGCUUCAGAUAUCAAAGAAAUUAAAGUGUCAUUGCGUGAAAUCAAGGACAGAGGUGUCGGCUAUGGUUUAAGACCUCUGGAACAAGGAUCAAGUAGCAGCACAACUAAUAAUGAAGCACGCGACCCUCGCCUCGGAUCCCUUUUCCUGGAGGAAGAUGAAAUUGUUUGUAUUGAUGGAGCAUCCAAGGAACUUAUAAGAAGGUUAACUGAAGGACCAUCCAUGCGCUCACUGACUUCGUUGGUAGGUCAAGGGGGAAUUGGUAAGACAACUCUUGCUAGGAAAGUCUACAACGAUGAAGUUGUGAAAGCUCACUUUGAUUGUCGUGCAUGGAUCACGGUAUCUCAGUCAUACGAUAUGCAGAAGCUUUUGAGGAUCCUAGCAAGGCAGAUAUGUACUGCAGGGGAGAGAAUUGAGGAAGAUUGUUCAGAGGAAGAGUUAAUUGGUCUAUUGAGGCAGCAUCUGCAAACAAAGAGGUACAUGAUUGUUUUUGAUGAUGUAUGGCAAAAAGAUUUUUGGAAAGAUAUGAAACAUGCUUUGCCAAAUAAAGAUAAAGGCAGUAGGACAAUUAUCACAACACGUAAUUUCACCGUGGCUAGUUUUUGUCGUGAAAACCCUUGUGAUCUUGUCCAUGAGGUUCAAACGUGGUCCUUCAAAAUGGCUUGGCAAUUAUUUUGCAAGAAGGCAUUUCGAAGUGAUGAGUUUGCAGGGCGUUGUCCCCAAGAGUUGGAGCAAUUGUCUCGUGAGAUUGUUAGCAAAUGCCUAGGCUUGCCACUUGUCAUUUCAACCAUAGCUGGUCUUUUGUCAACCAAAGAAAGAGUCGAUUCCGAAUGGAGAAAGGUGCUUAACAAUAUUAGUUCAGAGUAUGAAAGAACUGAUAUUACAAAAAUUCUCUCCCUAAGUUAUCUAGAUCUACCUUACCACCUCAAGACUUGCUUCUUAUAUUUUAGCAUCUUUGAUGAAGACCAUAAGAUUUCUGAAAGUGCGUUGUAUAAACUAUGGUCUGCUGAAGGUUUUGUUAAAGCAAGAAGAGACAAAACAUUAGAAGACGUAGCCGAAGAAUACUUAAAUGAGCUCAUCCAAAGAAACUUGGUUUUGUUUGAAGUAGAAUUUGGAGUUGAAAGAGUAUGUAAAGUCCAUGAUCUGAUGCAUGAUAUCAUCUUAACUAGAGCAGGUGAAUUGUGCUUUUCUCAAACUAUAAAAAAGAGUAACCUCAAUCUUGCAGAAAACAGUUACCGCCUCUCAAUUCACGAUACUACAGAAAAUGUCUUGGAAAGAGUUAUGGGUUCUAGCAUUCGGUCUGUUUUUCUGUUUGGCGUCAAGGAAUGUACAAGGUCGUUCAUGAUUAAUUUAGUUGAAAAUUUUAAACUUUUGGAAGUGUUAGAUUUUGAUAAGGCGCCUCUUGAUGAUCUCCCAAAAGAAGUGGGGAAGUUGUUCCACUUGAAAUACUUGUGUUUAUCAGGUACAAGAGUGAAAGUUCUUCCCAAAUCUAUUGGUAAGCUGCACAAUCUACAGACAUUGGAUGCUAGGAACACCUUAGUGACGGAGCUACCAAUCGAGAUUACUAAACUAAGGAAUUUGCGACACCUUCGCAUUUACUCAAUAGCUAAGAAUAGCCAUUCAGGUUUGAAUACAUAUUGCGGCGUGAGGAUAUGCAAAGGAAUUGGUAUGUUGGAGGAGUUGCAAACACUACACAAGGUGGAAGCAUACCCUGAUGGAGUUGGGUUUGUCAAAGAGCUGCAGAAGCUUAGGAAACUAAAACGUUUGGACAUUUUAAAGGUGACUGCAGAAAUGGGAGAGCCUUUGGGAGUUGUCCUUGAGAAAAUGAACCACCUUGAGAGGUUAAUUUUGACUUCAAUCAACGAGGAUGAAGUUAUAAAUUUAAAAUGCAUUUCAUCGCCUCCUCCUUUUUUGCGUUAUCUCCAAUUGAAUUGUCGACUAGAUCAAUUGCCAAAUUGGGUUUCGGAACUUCAUAAUCUACAAGGAUUGUCAUUAAGUUACUCAAGGUUUAUCGACGAUCCAAUGAAAUGCCUCCAAGCGUUGCCCAAUUUAUCAUACCUUCGCAUGACAUAUGAUGGAGAGGAAUUGCAUUUCCAGAAAGGUGGUUUUCAAAAACUCAAGCAACUUAAGUUUAACAAGUUGACAGGAUUAAAGGUGGUUAAAAUAGACGUAGGAGCACUGCCUCUUCUUGAAGAGUUUCACUUUGGGCGUUCUGCACUAAUGAAGGAGAUGCCUUCCGAUAUUCAACACCUUUCAAACCUCAAAUCUUUGGCAAUUCAUGACAUGCCAAGGGAAUUUGUGGUUUGUUUGCAACCAGAUGGAGGAAUUGAUUACUGGAAAAUUCAGCAUGUGCCUUCCGUCACCUUCCAUUAUUACAAUCGUGGAUACUACAGGCUUGGUAGCUCUGACUUGAUACAACAUCUGCAGCGGCAACAUCUGACUUGAUCAACAAUGUCGAGUUUCGAAGCUCAUCCUUCUCUUCCUGGAAUUGUGCGAAAGGAGCCUGAAACAUUGCUCAUGAACAAGGCAGGAGAUUUUUCUGUUCUGUUCAGUAAAUGUGUGGGGUUUCGAAAUUAAUUAUUUUCGGUUUGAUGUUGUCACGAAUAUGAACUCCUAUAUGUCUUUUAUUUUGGUAUGUAUUGCUAAUAAUGAGAGACAAGGCAGAGGAUUUCUCUUUACUCUUUAGUGAUCAAGUCAUUGAAUUUGGACAGUACAUUAUUCAUUUUCUUUUGUUGUUUAUAGUUAUUUUACUUUGUGAUGCAUAGUGCCAAUAAUUUGGAGUUGUUUUCCAAAUUAUAGGCUCAAUGUCGUCGUUUUCAUAUUAACAAAAAUUCUAUU